AUGCUGGACGAGCGACGUCUCCGGCUCAGCGGGGGAUCGGACACCUCCUCGGAUGCCAGCAGCACGACCGACGAAGACCUUGACGUUCAGUUCAUCCGAGUCGAGAAGGAGCUGAAGUUGAAGACGAAGGAACUCGAGAUGGCGAGAGUGGAGGACGAACUCCGCCUCCGCAAGUCUGGCGCAUGGUUCGUGACUGGCCCUGCCGCCGGCGCCGUACCUGCCACCGGCUCGUCUACUGAUGCGGCACCCAUGACUGGGACUGCUGCUUGCGCUACAAACAUCCCUGCUCGCGCUGCUAUCUCGAGCGUGCCCAAGAGCGCCGCACCCGUAACUGGCUCUGCAGAUGGUACUGCAUCCGCUUCUGGCGUGGCUGUCUCGAAACAACUUAAGCAAGGCCGGGGCCCGUACAAAAAGACGUCGCGGACAACCGACGAGGCCGAACGCGAAGAGGUGAAGGCGAUGGUGAAGGCGGUUGGCGAAGCCUUCCAGCGGGCCAAGUUAUGUGCAUACAACAGCACCGAGAUCAAGUCCUAG